GUUGAUAUCAACCUCUGAUCCAUCAUCUCCUCGAGGUUAGCGGUGCCGCUCGAGAAUCAAACAAAGGCAGACUCAUCGGGCUUAACCGUUCUUGAAUAGGUCGGGGUAAACUCUCUACUCUCGACUAAGUACAGUCUGGACUUUAAAUACGCAUGCUGUUUAGUAUUCCGGCUUCGUUUGUGUGUUUGAAAAAGAAGGUUUGGGGUUUGGUGUAGCGUGCCUUGGUGAAUGCCGCUUGGAUCAUUCCCUGUGUUUACAUUGUUACAAGAUUCUCUACUGGAGGAUAUCCUAGCAAACCUUCACUGAUUCAAGGAAUUGAAAUACAUAUCGCGAUCUUGAGCUAUUGGACGCGAGGAAUGAUUUGAUUGAAUGUGACGUUAUCAGCGCGAUUAAUACCAAGAAAUCAGCAUUACUGUUGGGAUUGAGUCGAUGUCAGAGUUAGAACAGAUCCAGAAAACGACUGCCGAGAUCUAGAAAGCUUUAGAACAAUUCUAACACAUCUCCAAGUAAAUGACAUCAAGGAUUUGUCCAUGAAUCAAUGCGUGCAACCUUGCCAAUGAACAUACGGUUCUUAUAAACCUCGAGGAGUGAUCGUGAUACUGUAUUUAUUUUCACACGUGUGAGAAGUGUCAUUGAUAACCGAAUAAUCGUCUUUUUAUCGCGAUGAAGCCAAUCACCUUCACUUCAUUGUUAUUACCCUUUCUGCAAAUCGUCCACGGAGCUGCCCCGCUAACGCGCGGGAGCUCGCGAGAUAACCCGCAAUCUAGCGGGAUUCCCGAGGGUGCUGCUACCCUAGCGUUCGUGUUUGACACCACGGGUAGCAUGUAUGACGAUCUUGUCCAGGUGCGAGCUGGCGCGAGACAGAUUCUGGCCAGGAACCUGGAAAGACCGGUGAAACCUCUCUACAACUACGCGCUAGUGCCAUUCCACGACCCGGACGUAGGUCCUGCCACGAUCACAACGAACCCGAACGUCUUUACCAGACACCUUGACGAACUCACAGUUCAGGGGGGAGGGGACUGUCCUGAGAUGUCCCUUAGUGCAAUUCUACUCGCACUGGAGCUCAGUCUCCCCGGGUCAUACGUGUACGUGUUCACAGACGCGCAAGCCAAGGACCUGGGGCUGACUGAAAAAGUUCUCAAGCUUGUUCAGCAAAAACAGAGUCAGGUUAUUUUCGUACUGACAGGAGACUGUAUGAACAAGUCCGCUGACCAAAACUUCAGCACCUACAAGCUCAUCUCCGCCACCAGCACCGGUCAGGUUUUCAACCUCAAGAAGAAAGAUGUCAAUCAAGUGCUCAAAUUUGUGGAAGUCUCCGUGAGAGCGAACAAAGUCAACAUUCUGUCGGUAGACGCCAGUGACGUUGAUAUAAAGACAUACUCCGUACCAAUAGAUUCAACGCUUGAGCGGGUGACAUUUUCGGUCAGCGGCAGCGAUAUUAGUAUUAAGAUUCAAAACCCGGAUGGUGCUCUUUUGACAGAGAGGAACGGUUUACAGCGCCUACUGUCGCUGAAGUCAGCGGUCAGUGUUGCAGUGCGCAGACCCAGAGCAGGUGUUUGGAAAGUGUCAGUGAAUUGUAGUGGUAGCUACACGCUAAGGAUCACGGGAUUGAGUCCUCUCCACUUUCUUUAUGGCUUCUCAUUGAUUCCUUUAUUGAACGGCCGCGGGGGACUGCUGCGAAGGCCCUAUGCAGGUUUCAGAAAUUUCGCAGUGGUCAAAGUUCAAGGUCUGCGGGAGCCUGGGUCCGUGUACAAAGUUCAGCUUGUUGAUCUCGUUGGCAAAGUUCAACAGGAAGUAAUAUUCGCUCCAAGACCGGAAGAGCCCUUCACCUUCGACUGGGUUAAUUUCCAGGCCCCUCGCGGUCUAUUCUACAUCCGGGUCAUCGGAAGGGACCUUAGGGGACAUGAAUUUUACAGAUGCAGCCCCACUGCUAUAAGUGCCGUCUUGCCCGACUCACCCAAGGUGUCAGCGGACUCUCUCGUGGAGGUGCUACGGGGAUCACCCGUCACGCUUACCUGUAUGGUGGAUAGCGUGACUCCUUUCCGUGUGCAAUGGACAAAGGGCCGGGAUGCCUUGGGCCCAGUACUCACCCGUGUUGGUCAAGUUAACGUCACGCAUUCCAUUCGCGUGACCACUGAUCGUGACGAGGGAAGCUACACGUGUUUUGCUAGCAACGCGGGGGGUACUGCUAUUGCUGUCACUCGUCUUGUCGUGAAAGUCCCAGUACCUGUACUUAUCCAGCGGGACGAUGGUACGCUGACCGUAAAGUCCGGCGACACUAUCGUGCUGCGAUGCCUUUCCGAGAAUUCCUCGCCUUCGCAAGUCACGUGGUACAAGAAUGGGCGUGUCCUGGGUAACCAAGGUGAUGCCAAAUUGUACUUGACGAUAAGGAGCAGGGAGGAUGCCGGGACAUAUCGUUGUGUGGGACGUGAUGGUGAUCGACGAACUUCUAAAACCAAGACAAUCAUAGUCAAUGAACCGCCUGUAAUCAUUGUUGACACGUCGACCAAGAACUUCCAGCAAGGCGAAGACAUCCAAUGCGCAUGUCAGGUCAGCGGAUUUCCCAAGCCGACAGUGCAAUGGACUAAGGACGGUCAACAGCUGACUUCGCAAGUGCGCAUGACUGUUGAUGUGAAUAAUACGCUGACCAUACGGCAGGCUGAGUCAUCUGACUCUGGUCGGUACGAGUGUGUGGCGUGGAAUACCGCUGGUCAAAGUAGAGGUGUCAUUGAUCUUGAAUACACUGAGCCGCCGUCCGCAUUUGUGAGUAAGAAAGACAGGAGUGCUCGUAUUGGAGACUCAAUCACCCUGGAAUGCCUUGCCACAGGAUACCCGCCACCUAAGAUUCAGUGGUACAAAGGUCGUGAGCUAGUAGUCCCUGAUAGGCGAAUCGCCACCAGUUCUCGUGGACACCUCGUGAUUAAUGCCAUACAGCAGAGUGACACUGGGUACUACACGUGUGUAGCAGUGAAUACUGCGGGCUCAGACUCUGUCUCUGUAUCCUUCAGCGUACAAGUUCCCCCUCGGAUACAGGUAGACCAAACCGACGUGUUUGUUUUUCCCGAUGAUAACAGUGCGGUCCAGUGUCUUGGAGUGGGAAUUCCACCACCAGUUGUCACGUGGUACAAGGAUGACAAACCCCUAGGGGUGGGAGGGAGAGUGUAUUCCACCACGCAAGGCGAGCUUAUAAUCAGCAGAGCGACUCCUGAGGAUUCUGGGACAUAUUCGUGUGUCGCCCGCAGUUCUGCGGGCUCCGUGACAGCGGUCGUUCAAGUGUCGGUCGGAGCUCCCCCGCGUAUCGUGUCCGAGCCAACCGAUCAAGUAGCGACUAUCCACCAAAACAUUACCUUCGUUUGCGACACCCAGGGGGUCCCUAAACCAAGGGUGUCCUGGCAGAACAGCCAAGGACGACCCGCAGACAGGGACCCUCGAAUUACGGUCCUCCAAUCCGGGGCCUUGCACAUCCGGGGGGUUAGUGUACAUGACGCGGGAAGUUAUACAUGCUUGGUCGAGAAUAGACUGGGUGGAGUGUCUCGCAGCGCACGUCUCAUACUAGUUGGAAUUGUUCCUCCCGCAAUUCUCAAAAGACCCAGUGACAUUGCGGUCAACAUGGGUGACGUCAUUAGAUUGGAAUGCGUUUUCCAGGGUGUCCCCACGCCUCGUGUCACGUGGCAGCAUAAUGGUAGAAAUCUUCAAUAUAUGACGCCACGACUCGUCAUUCGUGGCGCUCGGCCCCAGGACGCGGGUCUGUAUCGGUGUACCGGAACAAAUUUGGCGGGGAGAGCCUCAGCCGAGACAAGUGUCACCGUAAGAACAGGUGCGGCCACAAUUUCCAAGAAAGACGUUGACAUAUACAACGGUGAUACAGGCUCCACCCAGUCUCUCCCUUGCCCCACCACAGGCAACCCAAAGCCUAAGGUAACGUGGUUUAAAAACGGUUAUCGCGUGCCUUUGGAUGACAUCAAGUACAAGCAGACGUCCGCUGACACGCUAGAGAUCGCGGGCCUUGUCCCACAGGACACAGGAAUCUACACAUGUCGCGCGGAGAAUGCUCGCGGUCACGACACGUGGAAUAUCACGCUUGUAGUGCAAGUUACCCCAAAGAUAAUUCAGCCACCAACCGACCGCACACUCAACGAGGGCGAAACUCUCAUCCUGAGCUGCUACCCCGGAGGGUUUCCUGUGCCCUAUGUCACGUGGAGAUUUAACGGCACGCGAUUGGCUGCGAAUAGCUCCGUGCUUGAGAUCAGUGACGUAAAGAGGGCGAUGCAUCAUGGGACAUACACUUGUGUCGCCACAAAUCUCGCGGGCUCAGAUACUGCGGAUGCGUUUAUUACAAUAACCACCUUGGCCCCUACAGAUGAUACGAGUGCUGUUUUCUUCUCAAGACCAGAGUUCACCCGAACACCACAAGACACGGCCAUUGACCUGGGUUCAGUUCUCCUCUGGCACUGCACUGCCACAGGCUACCCAACACCAGUGCUGACGUGGCAGAAGAAUGGUCAGGGGUUCAACCCUUGGUGGCCCCCGCAUAUCAGGAUUCUAGCCAAUAAUAGCCUUCUAAUCAACGGCGUCAAAAGGGAGGAUGCCGGGAGUUAUCAGUGUCGAGCUACCAUUAACUCUCUCAGUAACGCCAUACAAGCCGUACUAACAGUCAGAGUUCCCGGUGGCUGGAGCGCGUGGCAGUCGUGGACGCCGUGUACGCAGUCCUGUGGUACGGGGCUAAGGUACCGAUACCGGGCAUGUGACAAUCCAUUCCCCGCCCACGGGGGUGCGACUUGCCCGGGAAGUAACGAGGACCGGGAGAGAUGCAGCGCGCAGCCAUGCCCGGUUGAUGGCAAGUGGUCCACAUGGGCAGACUGGACUGUCUGUAGUCGUUCAUGUGGGGGCGGCGUUCAAUAUCGCACUCGUACCUGUACCAGUCCCCCACCGUCCGACGGAGGUAGAGAAUGCCUGGGAGAUGAAACCGUCAGUAGUGUUUGCCAGACGCAGAAGUGCGUAGACCUCAAAGCCGUGGAUGUUGCGUUCGCCAGUGUUCGCGGGCUCGUCAACAACGUCAGAAUCCCCAAAUUCACGUUACGCGCAAAUAUGACCAAGCGAACGGCUCGAGUCACAGACACGGAGUGCGCCUUGCAUGGUCUUCCCGGUCCAAUCAAAAACUGGCUACAGUACGCCAUCCCCAUAGCAACGCCUGUCACGUGGGCUGGGAGUGGUGGAGAACCCGGCUCGAGAAGUGGACUGGAGAGGAGUGGUGGCGUGUUUAAUUUUUCCAGUGAGAUAAAGUACCCGGAUGGGGAAGUAUUAGCGAUGAUUCACAGAGGCCGUGGAAUUGAUGAUCAAGGCGUUUUUAUCAUGGAUGUCGAUAUCAAGGGUGGGACCCCCAAGUAUCCAACAGACGCUAAAGUGAGCUUUGCGGACUACAAAGACACCUUCGUUCAGUCAGGUCCGGGCGAGAUGAGCUCAAAUGGAGUGCAUUACAUCAUCGUAAACGGACAGAAACAUGCCUAUAAAUGUAACUACACGGUCCGUUAUCGACCACCUACGGAGCCUGAGAAAAGCAUGUCUGAGACGGUUCAAGUGAUGGAAGUGGAUAUCAACAAUGCUGCGACAGUUCUGAGCAUGAAGAUGAAGACUUACAGGAAAAGGAGUCCACAGCCGACAGAGUGUCCUCAAGGUCUGAUGAAAAAUGAUAAAGGAACUUAUUGCAUAGAUAUAGACGAGUGUCAGUUCCCCGGUGCGUGUUCCCACAUCUGCCAGAAUGGUUACGGCACGUUCCGCUGCAUCUGCCGACCAGGAUUCUAUCUACUGGACGAUGAAAGAACGUGUGAAGAUCUUGACGAGUGCAGUCUACCGUCCACGAAAUGUCCGGAUGGUCAGCGUUGUGUCAAUACUCCUGGGAAUUACCGCUGCGAGUCGCCCUGUGGUGCGGGCUACUCCAAGGCAGCGGAUGGCGCAUGUGUUGAUGUAGACGAGUGCGCUGAGUUCAGGUCGCGCCCUAGUCGCGGGACUCACCCCUGUACCCACUCGUGCCAGAACACUCUCGGCUCUUACAGUUGUACGUGCGACAAAGGGUUUGCACUAAAAGACGGCAAGUGCUUAGAUAUCGACGAGUGUGUGGGCGUGGUCUGUAACCAUGGCUGCAGGAAUACUGACGGCAGCUAUGAGUGUUACUGUUUUUCUGGGUACGAACUCAUUGCUGGUGGCCAAUGCAGGGAUAUCGACGAAUGCCGCGUUAAUGCCAGCGUGUGCGGUCCCAAGCAGUGCGCGAACACCAUGGGAGGCUAUAAGUGCCUCGACUCGUGUAGCUUGGGGUUCAAGCGGACCUUGGAGGGGGCGUGUGUAGAUGUCAACGAGUGCGUAGAAGGUGGCCAUGACUGCAAGUUUACCCAUUUUUGUAUGAACACCCACGGGAGCUUCUACUGUACCUGCCCACGAGGAUUCAAGUCAAAGACACCAGGAGGACCCUGCCAAGAUGUAAACGAGUGUGUGGACUUCCCUGGUCUGUGUCAGUACAAGUGUCAAAACACACGCGGAAGCUUCAAGUGUUUGUGUCCGCCUGGAGGAUACCUUAAGGCUGAUGGGCUCUCGUGUGGAGGUAUUGAUGGGUGUGUCCUGAAUAACCUGAAAUGUGACCAAAGGUGUGGGUUUUCAGAGCAAGGGUACAGCUGUGAAUGCGUAAAAGGCUACAGACUGGCAAUCGAUAGACAGUCUUGUGUUGAUAUCGAUGAGUGCUCAUCCAACCAAACGAACUCUUGUCAGUACCAGUGCAUUAACACAGAAGGCGGGUACCAGUGCAAAUGUCCGCCUGGAUAUCGGACAAGUCCGGACGGACGAACCUGCAUGGAUGAUGAUGAGUGCGCAGGAUCUGAUGGAGUGUGCCAGCGAGACGAGCAGUGCUUCAACACAAAAGGGAGCUACCGCUGCGUGCAAACCUCGUGCCCCGCUAACUACAACCAAUUAGGACCCGGGUUUUGCGUGACGCCUUGCAGCUUGCAAGGAUACUGUACACCCCAGGCCUUGCGUUACUACACGACCACACUACCCUAUGGCGUACCAGCCAAUCAGGAUCUGCUCCGCCUCAUCCCGUACAUCCCGCCACACCUACUGGCUCAACCAAUCAUCUGCGACUUCCGGUACUCGUUCUCAGCUUCGACGUCCCCGUUUGGUAUCCGGCGAAAUGGUAUCGAGGCUAUAGUUUUCAGCGCGAGACCACUCGAUAUGAUUGGCAUGCACGAGUUACGAGUCACGGCAAACAUCCACUACAGAAACGGCAUGCUUGCCUGUCGCACAGAGUUCAAGGUCUAUAUCGACGUCUCGCGGUACUUAUUCUAAAAGGUGCAUAUCAAUCAAUGGCUGUCGUUUUUCUGAAUGGUCUAAAAAAGCCUAGGGCGAGCGCGGAGGAGAGCUGUGAUAUUCUAAAACGUUAGGGACUAGGCUCCAUUUCCAAGAUGGCUGCCAGCAAAAUCAUAGUAAAAACGAAUUCCUGCAAGUUUACGUGGAAAUUCUCUACUUACAAAGCUCUAGAGCGACAAAAAAGCGAAAAAAUGAUUAGAAAAACGAUAGUUUUUAAAACAGGAUUGGCUGAUAUACGAUGACGUCACAGAUACCUUAGCGCAAGUCACUGCACAAAAGCACAUUUGAGUAUGUGACGUCGUAAGCAGCACUUCAGGAAUAUCGUACUGAGCUUAAAGUUGAUAUAUAUCGCGGCGAUUUUAAACUGCAAACAGCCCAGACAACUUGUUGCUAAAACCGCUAGGAAACUGCUAGCUAGGAAACUGCUAAUAUAAUGCCGUAUGGACAUCUUGUGAAUAAAUAUGUCUAAGAAAAAUCCCAUGUGUGUGUGACAUCAGAAAUGACGUUAUAACUUUGACAGGCUACCCUGGCGUCAUUGCAAAGUUCCCGUACAUAUGCAUGACGUCAUUUACAUAAAUUGCAUGAUGACGUUUGAAGUUCUGCAAGAAUGCAAUACAUUAUUACAGAAUAAUCAAGACAAGAGAAUAUAAUCAAGAGAAAUCAAUUAUAUAGAAUAAAGUGGCAAAUGAGA